CCGUGCUGGUGCCUUUACUGCAGUGAAGCAUCGGAGCUGGUCUCACAUGAAACAGAUGUGAGGAGCUGGCUCAGUCAGCAGGAGGAGCUGUCUGACCGAGGAACCAGAGGAGGAGGGAGAAAGAAAAAGGGAACUCCUUCAGAGGAGCAGGGAGACUGGGCUUCCUGGCUGGAGCCACACCUCAGAGAGAGAGAGAGAGAGAGAGCGACCUUAACAGAGAGUCAGAGCUGGUAAUGAUCUCAGUCUGCAGUUUUCAGCCUCUCAGUCGCUGCGCUCGCUGCCGUCUGAUCGUCUCUGAUCAAACCUGAAGCUCAGUGUGGAUAUUAAAACAGAGAUUUGGGAUCUGCUGUUUCAUCUGGCUGCAGAAAACCACCAGUGGACUUUUGGGAUUCUGUCAUUUUUUGGGGGAAUUAACAGCUGUUUUUUCUAUUUUGUUAUUUCUGAGGAUCCAGUAAAAUUAAUUUUGGAUUUUUUCCUUUCAGAACUUCUGGAUAUUCUGAUUUGAUUUGAUAUUUUCUUGGGUCUGAACCCUCCUGGAGUCCAGUGCUCAGUCUGAGGUGGGGUAAUUUCAGGGUUUUGGUCCUCUGAGUGUCGGCGUUGGUGCAGGUUUCUUUGUCUGAAUGCCCCAGGAUUACCCUCAGGCUGCAGUUCCUCAUCCGGCCUGCAGGGCGGCAGCAGAGAGGGGCGGCUCGCAGCUGGACAGGCAGAGUGUCGGCAUGAGCGACUUCUGGCACAAGAUGGGCUGCUGCGUGGUGGCUAAACCCCCGCCGAAGAAGAAGAGGAGGAAGAUCGAUCGCAGUAUGAUCGGAGAGCCGACAAACUUCAUCCACCUCACACACAUCGGCUCCGGAGAGAUGGCAGAAGGACUGCAGCCGUCGGGGCCGGUUCAGGAGCAGAUGAGGUCUAAAGGCCCGAACAUGAACGGCAGGAACAGCCUGUUAUAGCCGGAGUGUAUGAAAUCAACCCAGACCUUCUGAGCGGCCCCUCUGAACCUCUGAACCUGUAUCUGACUGUCAACCGGAGGCUUCGACUCCCCUCCUGCCCUGCUGAAGUGUCCUCGAGCGAAGCACUGCCCCUCUGCCAGCUGACGGGGGCGCUGUCAUUUCCUUUAUAUGGGGAAAGGAUGUGGCUGCACUUUCGUCUCUUUCAUGUAAUUUCAGUGAAGAUUUUUUACGAGCCAAGACUUAAAAUCAGUAGCCACCGUCACAAAAACAGAAAAACGAGCCGUGAGGGUGAGGGAGCUCUGUCUUUUGGUCUUAUUUCCACAUCUCAGGUCCAACAAACCGCCAGCUCCACAUCCGAUCCUGUAAAACAAACACAAAGGCAAGGACCACAUCCCCCAGAAUUCCUUUCCAUUCAGGAACUCUGCUAGAUGACAGAAUGUCUGUAUCUUAAGAAAGAAAAACUGGCUCCAAAGUGUUGUUUUUUAACAUUAAAAAAAUAAGAAAAGGAAAAAAAAAAAAAAGACUACAUUUCCCAGCAUUCAUUGGGAAGUUUUCUCAAAACUCCCUCAUCCAGGAAGCAGUGAGGAUUACUGCAUCCCCCAUAGUCCAUCAUCUUAGCCCUCGUGCUGGUGCAAAGUUCCCCCGCAGAGCUGCUGUGGAGUUUCCUCAGUGGACUUCAUUUCCCAGGAUGCUUGACUGCUCAGCUGUACUCCUCAUCUGGCUUCUAAAGGAUUGUCACGCCUUAGUUUGGUUGUUUUUUUGUUUUGUUUCCCCACCCCCCACCUUUCUUCAUUCACAUGGACCCAGUGAUGACAUCAUUGGACCUCAUUUCCCAGGAUGCUUCACUCUGCCCAGCCCCACUGCUGGUGCUGAAUGAUUUAAGACUCUCGUUUUAGGAGAUGGGAAAGUCCCGCAAGUUCCCGCUACACUGGACCGGACUCCCUCUCCCUGUGUGCGUGUGUGUGUGAGUCAUAUGGUCUUAAUAAUCCACCAGUUUAAAUAUAAACGUUGACUUCACUGAGCUCUCAGAGGGGCCCAGACACACAGUCCAAAACUCCCACUAGAAAAUGACCCGCUUUGUGCCGAAGUUCGACAUGUCAGACUACUCAGACUGCAGUUCGGGGGCCGGUUUGCUGAAUCCCCAAGAAGACAGAAGUGUUUUCAUUUUGGGUUCCACACUGACCUUUUCUAAACCUUUGCUUAAAACAUCUUUUGCUGCAUCUGGUGGGAAGCUCAAGCGGCAUUUAACUGCUUUGUAGUUUUAGUAUUUUAACAACGUUAAGCAGAAAUUGUUUUUCAUUUUCUGCUGUUUUUGGUGAUUCGCUGAAUGUUUUCUCCUAAUGUCACUGUUUUCUUUUUUGCAUCCCUCCUGAUUUAAUAUCCCUAUCGCUAAACGAAGCAGGGAUCCAAAACGCCGAAGCCGACGGGCAGACAACUGCCGGCCGUAAACCUUUGGGACAGGGUUCAUGUUCGGGUCGAUGGUUCGGUUGAUAUGUGGAUGGAGUUGAUUUCUAAGACUCGUAGAUUAAAUGUGUUUAAUAUAUUCUUGAAAAAUGAACUCGUGUCUGCAGCAACGAGAGUUCAGGUAAAGAGUUUCUUCAAAGCUCCGCUGCCAUUUGGACAAAAAACAGAUGUGAGCUUCUACGAAACGCUCGACCAAAAAGAUUCAAUUCCAGCACUUUCUGAAAAAACAAGAGUAACUGUAGUCCAGGGCAAAGAUUUUAACAUUACUGAGGUCAAAACGAUAUCCGGACAUCUCCCCCCAUGACGGUCUCCAGGUUUCAAGUCUUUCUCUACUAUAACUAACUAAGUGUAAUUCAAGUUCUUUCAUUUCACAUUUAAAUAAAUUCAGCCUAAAAUGCGUCAGGAUCAGCCUCUAAGAGCCCAACAUGUUUAACUGCAGAAUGUAAACUCCUCCUCAAUAAUAACCAGACAUACCACCGAGGACGUGAUCUUAGCGUCCUGCACCAGACUUCUAUUGACUAAACAAUACGUUUUACACAAACUAGAUCCUCAGUGUUUCUUUCAAACUUAACUCAAGUGAGAUUUCCUUGUCUUGUGCCGUAGAAACACUGUGAAAGUUUCAUAACGCUCGAUCCGCGGCGAAGCGCGCACAGCCCGUAUCCAGAAGCUCCGCCUCUAAACGAGCCGUCGGGACUGAAGGCUCGGUCAGCCAAUCAGAAGAGAGCUCAGGGACACAAAACACCGUGUUUACACCCUGAUGGCUUUUUGGUACGUAAGCCACAGAUGUGCUCGGCUGCUGUGUGCACUACCGGGGGCGGUUGCCGCAGAAACCGCUGAGUCACCGCGCGCCCCCUCGCCGUGGCGACCGGCUACUGGGCCUGAGAGGCCAAAGCGUCAGGGAAAGUCUGAGCCGCUGCUGGUCUCAGUUUUCCCCGCGACGGCGUGGUGUGUUCACUGGAAUCCGCGGAGCGUGGGAGGCUUGACACUUCCUCCCUGGGCUCAUUUGUCUAAAGGAUUUUCUCUGUUAUUCCUCCACAGUCGAACCUGACGGGUCAGUUAAUCGCACCGCGUGGGAGCCGUUUGACCUUUUCGCACUUUUCACAGCCAACUGAGACGCUGAUUUUUCAUCAUGCGUCUCUCAGUCAGAUGCUCAGAUCAGCAUGUAAACGAAAACCAACGUAAACAACGCCGAUACAUGGCAAACAGCUUGUGAAGUGAAACUGAGUGAGCGUUUCGAAGCAUUCGGGUUUGCUGCCCCCCAGUGGCCGACGCAGUCCCACUCUCACACAGAACACAGCUGCAGUCGCCACCGGUAACCGCAGGUGUCGCCGAAUCACCGGGACGGAAAUCUGAAGCAGAAUUUGACACCGCGCCUGCACGGGCGGCGCUCCGGCCCUUCCCUGAAGCGCGAGGCGUUGCUCGGCCCGUGCCGACGGCUCCGUCAGGUAAACGUGAAGCGUAGCUGCUCUGUCGGACCUGCGACAGACGAAAAACGCCGCAACACAAACUGAGGUGAAGAGGCGUCAGUGUGGGUUGGAAAUGUUUCAGCUCAAGCAAAAGAACUGAACUCAUCCCAAAGCUUCAGGCCACGAAUUCAACAAACGUCCGCACAGACGGCAGAUCAACUGCCGGACUGUUUCUCGCCGUCUGGGGCUAAAAACCGUCCGGCAGUCGAUUCACACGCGUAAUGCGAGACGAAACAAUUCCCGGGUUCAGAUUUCAGUCCUUGCUGAUAUGGUGACACCUGUGGUUUCUGGUGGCAGCUGCGGGUGUGUUUAAUAGUCCGGGUCCCAGAGUUUUGCUGGGGACUGAGAAUAAGGGUCAUAACUUUAAUGACACCUGCUCUGCGAUCGCUUGAUACUAAAAUAAACUUGCAGCUCUACAAAAGGCCUGUUUUCAAAUAGAAAACGUGAAGUUGUAGCGGUGCAGUAACGUCACACAACUUCGGCUCCGAUGGAGGAGAUGCAGGUGUUUCAGUUUCCUAAUCCUAACCACACUUCGGCCAGAUUCUGCCGAGAGCGCAACCUCUCCCUAGCAUUGACCCUACUGUAGUUGCUACGUGCGAACACUGUAGAGAGUGAGAAUUUAAAAAAACAUUGGCUUUGGAUGUGACCCGGGGUUUGGCGGAUACGCUCUGGUCUGGCCACAGGGUCGACGGUUCGUUGUCUGCUCGUCUGCACCGGGCGUUCAAACCUCGUGACCACUGGGACCGUACGCGCCGACAGCCGCAGGCUGCAGGUCGUGAAGAACGCCUCCAGCUGUCGGUGUGUGCGGCAGAGAGAAAUUCAGGGACUUUACGGCUCAGCGAGUUUCUGUUGUUUAACUGUGUGACACUGUGUAGCUUUGAGACAGUUCGGAUCCAGACACCGGAACGCCGUGUCGGCGCUGCCUCUCGGCGUCGGAGUCCUCAGGUUGAAGUCAGCGGCGGCGUCGUCAACCUCUUGGCUGCUUUCUCUCUGAUUCUUGGAAACUCAGACCUGUUCUCACAGUCCGUCAUCGGCUGCCAAAGUCUGGCUCCGUUUGUUUAUCACGACCAUAGUUCCUCUCUUCCUCUUCCUCUUCCCCUUCGUCCCCUCCACUUGGGAUUCCCCUCCUCCCGGCUUACAGUUCAACAACACUGGAGAGCACUUUCCCCUCCAUCCGGCCUUCGGGCAGAAAUAACGCGACGGGAUUUGGGGAUCUGGCGACGGACACCUGAAUCUGAGAUCUUCUAAUCGGCUCUGUGUCUCUGUGUCCUGAUCAAAGAUGUCGAUUUUAUGAACUGUGUUUGUCUUAUUGUACAAUGUCUUUCUGAAUACGUGUUGCGUAGCUAGUAUGGUAUGAAUGCAUCUAUUAAGAGUAUUGAUCACAAAGCAUUUCUGUGACUUUUGGCCCCUUGAGCCUUUGUCACUCCUGCUGUCCACACCAGCAGCACCGACGAAUAAAAAGUCAAGCUGAUAUUCUUCUGUACUUUAAAUAAACUUUAAUCUGAUAUGAACCAAUCGACAGCCUCCGCAGCCGAGCGUUGAAGUGUGUGGAGCUGCGGUUCCCCUAACGGCCACCAGAGGCUGCAGUGUAAAUCCCCUUUUCAUUAAGAAGAGAUCAGGCUCGGAGGUGUGUUUGUGCGUGAUUGACAGGUGUCUCAGCCUAUCGCGCUCAGCUGCGGAGGUGCUUCUGGUUGGUGGUCCGAACACAGACGUAAAGUCCUAAUAUAUAAGAAACAUCCUGCUGUUUUAAUGACGAUCUGCCAACGGGCGAGAUUUGAGAAACACCACGAACACGAACCUGCUCCUGCAUCCUGUUUUAGUUACUUUGAAGAUGACUCGUGCUAAUGCUAAAGAAAGUCGUUAGGGCCAUGUGAAAGACACUUCCUGAGAAAGAGCUUCGGCACGGAGAACAAUGUCCAGAGAGAGAUGAGAGCUUUAUCUGUCUGCACAAGGUGUUAGAUGUUAGAUCCAUAUGUUGUGAACACAAGUUAUUACCGUGGGUGAUGAUAUCGUGCAUGAACCAGACGCAAGUUUUGUAAAAAGAUAAUAUCCUGUGUGAAUAAGGAACAGGAUACUGAAUUUGGAAACGAAAGACGAACAAACGAGUUACGGGUCUCGUGCGACCAAGCUGAUAACUGCAAACAAACGCUACCUAGUGGGAGCAAGGAACUGACUUUAUAAUAUCUUGUGCAAAUGAAAUAAUAACUUUUUGGGACAGAUGAGAUGAAAACAAGAUAAAAGCAAAAUUACGUGUCCAACAAGUGAAAUCUUGAUGAUCUUGAUAAUAAUUUAGGUAAAUAAGAUGAAAACUUAAGUGAACAACAUCAGCCAACAACAUCUUAAGCAAAGAAGAUCAUAACUUGUGUGAAUAAAAAGGAUCACUUAUGGGAACAAGAUGGUAACUUUUGCAAACGGUCAUUUUAGAAAAUAACAUAAAAACGUGUUCACACAAGAUAUGGAUCUUGUGUGAACAAGGUGCUGACUUGUGUGAGAAAGAUAAUUGCUUUUGUAACCAAGAUAUUUGGUGACCACGAGAUACAAAUGAACACGAGAGGGAAAACAAAAUCAUCUUUCAGGACCUUCAGGUUUGCUGUAGAUAUUUUAAAGUCCCAGUUUUCCUCCCAGCUGCCUGCUGAUGUUUCAGUUUUUAAGAAAGCAACGAGUUUGAAGGAAAUUUGGGGGAAUUUUUGGAUGUUUUGAAGUGCGGUAACAACAUAAGGUAAUAUAUAUGCCAAGUCAUAAUCAAUUAUUCCCAGAUUAAUCUCAGAGCUCAAACUACUGUUUUUCACAUGACCUUAAAAGCUCUUUUCCAUUAAAUACUAACAGUCGUCAAACAAAAUCUUGAAUGAUAUUUUGUGUUAAAGUGACAUGAAUGUGUGAUUUCUGUGACUUUCCAUAUUUUCAGUUUUUUUCCUUGUGUUUGGUUUUCUCAUGUAACAGAAACAGAAAUACUGAUUGACUUUAUCCCUCCAUCUUCUGUAACGUGUGUCUCAUGACGUCUGAAUAAAU